UCAGCAUCGGAUUUCAGAGAUCGGGACAAUCUCACCGGAACUUGGGUCGCCCGAGCGCCAAAGAGCGCCAUGCAGCCUGGAGAGAGCGUGGUGCCCAUCCUGCACAUUUGUGUGAUGGGAGCCUCAGGGAGCGGCAAGACAUGCCUCAUCAACUCUUGGGUCAACAGCAUAGUGCCCAGUGUGUACAUUCCAACCACUGAGACGACCAAAUACUACAGAUCAAUGCUGCUGCCAAAUGCCCUCCACGAUGGCGAAGCCGUCACUACCCUCGUGGAGGUUGAGGAAGCCGCAUGGCCCCAGGACGCCGAGGGGCAACCUGUCGAUGCCCAGGAUUAUGGCAAGAGGUUCCUUGAACGGUUUCGGCCUUGUGCUGAUGUCCCGAGUAUGCAUUGUCGAACUCCUAGGUUUCAAGAGCAAGAGGCACGCUCUGAUUCAAUGAUGUCCUCCUACACGCACCCCAUGACGGACUUCCAACCGGAUGCUCCUGAACGAUUGGCGAAGGGCCGAAUGUGUUUCAUCGUUUUGUUUGAUGUCACAUCUUCAGAAUCCAUGGAGACGGCCAUCACAAUCUUAAAGGAGAUGAAAGAAUCUUCCAGGAGUGGCUUUAGGUCUCGCGGAAUGAAAGUGCGAUUAGUGGCGAAUAAGAUAGACCUGGAGACAGUUGAGAAUUCAGAAGUAAUCAAAGACAACACGACAAAAGCGUCGGAACUCUGUUGGGACACCGAGGGGAUGGAUUUCCGCGAGGUGUCAGCCCUGGAGUACCGUGGAGUUCGGGCCCUCUUUCGGGACUUGCUGGAAGAAACCAUUGCAAAGACUGACCACUGGGCUACUUCUGCAAUGAAGCGGCAGACCGAGGACCGGAAGAAAAGGCUCCUUGGGAAGGACAAUUGCCAUGUCAUGUGAGGGAGACAAAGCAGGGACAAGGAGCGCAAUGUCCUCCAAUCUCUUGCAAGCAGCCGCUGCUCAGCAGCCGUGCUUCCUGAGACCCUGUGUUUGUUUAAGGCCAAUGCCAGAUCUUUUAAGAAUCUGGGAACCACGGGCCACGGGCAACCCCCGGAGCAGAAACCUGCUAUCCGGACGGUGGAUUUAGGAAGGGCAAACUCCCUUGGAGAAGGCUUGCAUCAUAAAACGAUGGGACAGUGCGUGAGAGAGCCUGC